UUUAUUUAUUUUUCGUUUGUUGACUCUAUGGAUCAAUUUUGCCCGGUCAAACUGUAUUAUUUGUCGAUCAACAUAACACACAAAAAAGAGCUUGAAACCAUUCGAAUAUUAGUUUAUUUGAGUCGGUGAUAUUGUUGUUUUUUAUGAUUACAUUCAAAAUUUCGCUAAAUUUACCAUAUUAAAAGAUGUCACAUCAUUACAUCAUAACUGCUCAAAAGCCCACGGCGGUUACGGCAUGUGUUACAGGCAAUUUCACGUCAAGUACCGACUUGAAUUUAAUCAUAGCAAAGAAUUCGAGGUUAGAAAUAUACUUGGUGACGCCGGAAGGCUUGCGAUCUUUGAAGGAGAUCGGAAUAAAUGGAAAAAUAGCCGUAAUGAAACACUUCCGACCGAAUGGGGAGCAGAAGGACCGAAUUUUUCUACUUACACAGCGAUACAAUGCAAUGAUUCUGGAAUGCACUAUGAUCGAUGACAACAUUGAAAUCAUAACAAAAGCUCACGGUAAUGUGGCCGAUCGAGUGGGCAAACCAGCCGAAACAGGCAUCCUAGCCGUUAUUGAUCCGAAAUCGCGCGUCAUCGGAAUGAGAUUGUAUGAGGGAUUGUUUAAGAUAAUUCCUUUGGACAAUGACACCAGUGAAUUGAAGGCCACCACAUUGCGAAUGGAAGAGAUGCUCGUCCAGGACGUGGAAUUUCUUCAUGGCUGCCCGAAUCCGACACUAAUUGUUAUCCAUCAAGAUGUGAACGGGCGUCAUAUCAAAACACACGAGAUAAAUAUGCGGGACAAAGAAUUCAUGAAAAUUGCUUGGAAACAGGAUAAUGUUGAAACAGAAGCAACGAUGCUUAUUCCAGUACCAUCGCCGCUUGGUGGUGCCAUCGUCAUCGGUAUGGAAUCAAUUGUGUAUCACGAUGGAAUUAACUACACAGCCGUUGCACCUCCAAUAAUUAAGCAAAGUACCAUAAAUUGUUAUGCCAGAGUGGACAGCAAAGGAUCUCGAUAUUUACUGGGAAACAUGAACGGUCACCUCUUUAUGCUGUUUCUAGAAACUCGCGAAAAUUCAAAGGGUCAACUGUAUGUAAAAGACUUGAAAGUCGAACUUUUAGGUGAAACAUCCAUACCCGAAUGUAUUACAUACUUGGACAAUGGCGUUCUGUUCAUUGGAUCAAGGCAUGGCGAUUCGCAGCUGGUCAAAUUGAACAAAAAUGUUAACGAAAACGGUAGCUACGUUGUGCCGAUGGAAACAUUUACGAAUCUUGGACCGAUCAUGGACAUAUGUGUCGUUGACUUGGAACGGCAGGGCCAAGGCCAAAUAAUAACAUGUUCGGGCAGUUUCAAAGAGGGUUCAUUGCGAAUCAUUCGCAAUGGUAUUGGCAUUCAAGAGCACGCUUGCAUUGAUUUGCCGGGCAUAAAAGGUAUGUGGGCGCUUAAGGUUGGCAUUGAGGACAGUGUGUUCGAAAACACUUUGGUGUUGGCAUUUGUUGGGCACACGCGCAUUCUGACAUUAACAGGUGAAGAGGUCGAAGAAACGGAAAUUCCAGGUUUUCUGAACGAACAACAAACAUUCUAUUGUGGGAAUGUGGACUUUGGUCAGAUAAUUCAAGUAACUCCGUUAACUGCUCGUUUGGUACAAGGUGAAAAUCGAGCACUGAUCAGUGAGUGGAAACCUCCAAAUAAUCGUCGAAUCGGUGUCGUUGCUUGCAAUUUUACCCAAUUAGUGUGUGCAUCAGCUAGCGACAUCUACUACAUUGAGAUUAAGGAUGGAGAGUUAAAACAAAUAUCACACACAACACUACCUUAUGAAGUAGCUUGCUUGGACAUCUCUGUUUUGGAUUUCAAAGAAACUCGUUCGGAUUUGGUUGCAGUUGGUUUAUGGACAGACAUUUCAGCUUGUGUACUACGAUUGCCGACGCUCGAAACAUUGACAAUUGAGAAGCUGGGAGGCGAAAUUAUACCACGCUCGAUACUGAUGACUUGCUUCGAAGGAAUCAACUAUCUGCUGUGUGCCCUUGGUGAUGGUUCCAUGUUCUAUUUCUCAUUAAACGGCGUCGAUGGUACGCUGUCCGAAAAGAAAAAGGUCACCCUUGGUACCCAGCCGACGAUUCUGAAAACGUUCCGUUCACUAUCCACAACGAAUGUGUUCGCCUGCUCCGAUCGACCGACGGUCAUCUACUCCUCCAACCAUAAGCUUGUGUUCUCCAACGUUAAUCUGAAGGAAGUGAAUCACAUGUGCUCACUGAAUGCUUACGCGUACCAAGACAGUUUAGCAUUGGCAACGAAAAAUUCGGUGAUCCUAGGAACAAUUGACGAAAUACAAAAAUUGCAUAUUCGUACAGUACCGUUGGGCGAAGCACCCCGUCGCAUAGCAUACCAAGAAAGUUCACAGACAUUCGGCGUCAUUACGUUGCGAACAGACAUUCAAGAUUCGGCUGGCCUAAUCCCCUCGCGACCGAGUGCAUCAACGCAAACGCAAAACGUAACGUCGUCGAGUAAUGUUGGCUCGUUGCCGAAACCUGGUGCUGGAACUUCUGCCAGUACAGCUGAAUUCGGACAGGAAGUGGAAAUUCACAAUUUACUAAUUAUCGAUCAAAAUACGUUCGAGGUACUGCAUGCGCACCAGUUCAUGCAAACGGAGUAUGCAUUGUCGUUGAUGUCGGCAAAACUUGGCGAUGACCCGAAUACAUACUACAUUGUCGGUACUGCAUUUGUUUAUCCGGAAGAAGCUGAUCCUAAGGUUGGUCGAAUUAUCAUUUACCAUUACUCUGAGGGAAAAUUGCAACAAGUGGCUGAGAAAGAAAUCAAAGGAGCAUGCUAUUCGCUCGUCGAAUUCAAUGGAAAAGUUUUGGCCAGCAUUAACAGCACCGUACGAUUAUUUGAAUGGACCAGCGACAAGGACUUACGAUUGGAAUGCAGCCACUUCAACAACAUCAUUGCUCUUUACGUAAAAACUAAGGGUGAUUUCAUUUUGGUUGGCGAUCUGAUGCGUUCGAUUACACUGCUCCAACACAAACAAAUGGAGGGAAGCUUCGAAGAAAUAUCAAGAGACUAUGAACCAAAGUGGAUGACUGCCGUGGAAAUUCUCGACGACGACACGUUUUUGGGUGCCGAAAACAGUCUGAACUUAUUUGUGUGUCAAAAAGACAGCGCUGCAACCACAGACGAAGAACGCCAACAGAUGCCCGAAGUAGCUCAGUAUCAUUUAGGAGAUUUUGUAAAUGUAUUCCGACACGGAUCACUGGUCAUGCAAAAUGUUGGCGAAAAGACCACACCGACGCAAGGAUGUGUUUUGUAUGGCACAGUCAGCGGUGCCAUUGGACUGGUUACCCAAAUUCCAUCAGAUUUCUACGAAUUUUUGCGAAGUCUAGAGGAAAGACUCACCCACACCAUCAAAACGGUUGGCAAAAUUGAGCAUUGCUUCUGGCGAAGCUAUUGCACCGACAUGAAAACAGAAACUAGUGAAGGUUUUAUCGACGGCGAUUUGAUUGAAAGUUUUCUCGAUCUGAGCAGAAAUAAAAUGAUUGAUACCGUGUCUGGAUUAGAGAUUGAUGUUGGUGGUACAAAACGUGAGGCAACAGUUGAUGAUGUUAUUAAAAUUGUCGAAGAUUUGACUAGGAUCCAUUAAGAUUAAAUUUUCAGUCUUCAUUUGACUACUUAGUUUACAAGUAUGACCAAUUGCAACCGACAAAAAUGAAAUAAUGAAGCAAAAUAUUUCCGAAAAUAUUUCUUGUAAAGUGAAA